CCUGAACACCCACCAACACCGCCUUAGCGAGCAGUAACGAAGCCGCUGCUCAGUGAACCGCUCCGCCCUCGGCGCGUCACUCGGCCGGUCCUCCUCCUGAGUGUGGAGGCGAGGGGACGCCGCCGUCCCCGCCUAGCCGGCUGCUCGGAAGACGCGCCACAGCAUGGACGCCAUCCCGAUCGUCGACUUUGGUGAGUACAAGCUCCGAGAUGAUGAGGACGACGCCGUUCCCGGAGAGCGGCUGCAGGAGCUCCGCGAGGAGGUGCGGAGGGCCUUCACUGAAGUGGGCUUUGUUUACCUGAAGAACACCGGAAUAGAGCAGGACGAGGUGCGUGCGCCGCGUGUUCUCAGCGCCUUUGGGCGGGUUGGAGAAAAGUCGGACACGUUUCAUCCGGGCAGCCAGUUAAACAGAGCCGCACGCGGAGCGGGUCCGUGUAGUUGGUCACUCAGAGCCCCGAGUUUCAGUCCUCCCUCCAAACAGUUAGGUUUUUCGGCUUUCCUGAGUUUAUCUCCUCCCUCCGAGAUGUUCGGCUUUCCUGAGUUUGGCUCCUCCCUCCGAGUUUUUCCGGCUUUCCUGAGUUUGGCUCCUCCCUCCGAGAUGUUCGGCUUUCCUGAGUUUGGCUCCUCCCUCCGAGUUUUUCCGGCUUUACUGAGUUUGGCCACUCCCUCCGAGAUGUUCGGCUUUCCUGAGUUUGGCUCCUCCCUCCGAGUUUUUCCGGCUUUCCUGAGUUUAUCUCCUCCCUCCGAGAUGUUCGGCUUUCCUGAGUUUGGCUCCUCCCUCCGAGUUUUUCCGGCUUUACUGAGUUUGGCCACUCCCUCCGAGAUGUUCGGCUUUCCUGAGUUUGGCUCCUCCCUCCGAGUUUUUCGGCUUUCCUGAGUUUGGCUCCUCCCUCCGAGAUGUUCGGCUUUCCUGAGUUUGGCUCCUCCCUCC